GUGACUCACAGUCGGAGUGGUGGUGGAGCUGGGGGUGGGGGACGAUUGUAUAAAUAAUUGAAUCCUUGGAGAACAUCUGCCAAACUCCAGAAGAGCUCCAAGAAGUUAUGCACUGGUCGUUCGAGGCCCAGGAAAUUUGACCCCACGUUUUGUUGACCAACUGAGGCUUCUGUGAAAAGAUGGAGGAUCUGCAGAACUCUACCCAGUCUUCCACACACUCUCUUCUUCGCGCGCAGGCGGCGCAAAGAAGCGGGAACGUCUAUUUGUACAUUCUAAUCGUCAUCUCUUUCUACGGAGUCUUCCUCUGCGGCAUCAUGCUGGGUUACUUCCACUCCAAGAGGAAGGAGAAGAGGAGGACCAACAUUUUCACGCGCCUCGUGCACGAUGAGGAGAAGCGGGGGUGGGGCGCGCUCCCCAAGAAGCACAGCCUCUCCUUCGCCGGGGAGGCCGCCACGGGAGCGCGCUCGUUGAACCUGGCCUUGCCGUUCUCCGGUAACCACGGCAACCCCUUCGGACAGCUUCGCCACGAGAGCGCGCUGCCCUCCCCGCUCGCGUGCGCGCUCUGCACGGAGCAAAGCAGCGUCAGCUCCCUGUGCUCCUCCGCGGACACGCGCUUGCCCAUCGAGGAGGAGGAGUCGGACAGCGGCACCGGGGAUGGUCCAGAUGAGACCCCCAAGGGGGCAGUGGAAAACAGUGGGGAGGACUCCGGCUGAAAGGGACAGAAAAAAGAAGGGUCGCACAAGCCCCGUCAGGACUCUGUGGCGCAAAGAUGAGAACCGUAGCCAAAUGAUGAUCAAAACUCACACUUAAGAAGGACCGAUGACGCUGUUCAUGGAUAAACUGGUAAAAGUGGGCCUUCUGAUUCAAUUCAAGUACUCUGUUAUGUAUGUAUGUUAUGAACCGACUCUGUUAUGUACUUCAGUUCUGAGUAAGCACUACGAAUACCACUGCAAUGUCAAUUUUAUGCACUAUCCGACGUGGCACAACACAUCACAAUUCAGCCAAUUUCAUAUUUUUUCACAACUCUAAUCCAAGUAUGGUGAUGUUAUUUGUACAAAUUAACAAGUCUAAAGUGUUGAAAAUGGCUUGGCACAUCAUGUUAAUGGAAAACUAUUUGUGUGCCCUAUGUGUUGUUGUGCCAAGUCGGAUAGUGCAUAUAAGUGGCAUUACAGUGGUAUUUGUAAUGCUUACGCGCUGACGACCCAGUGGUCAACCUC